GUGUCUGGCGUCUGCUCUCUUUCUUUUUAGCUCACUCAGAGAAAACCGCAGAGAAGAUGGCGGCGCUACGAGUCGUGGUGCUAUCGGGGAGUGGGAGAGCCCUCCUCAAUACACCAAAAACUAUCAAGACCCCCGUGGCUAAAAUGUCGUUCGCCAGCCUGCCCCGAAGUAAGAAAGUUGCCCUGACGACGCUAGGUGUGGUCACAGCCGGUGGGGCGGGGCUCGCCCUGAUGCUGCACCAGUCCGUUAAAGCCUCCGACCUGGAGCUCCACCCCCCUAAUUACCCCUGGAGCCACGCUGGACCCCUAUCCUCUCUGGACCACGCUAGUAUUCGCCGUGGUUACCAGGUGUAUAAGCAAGUGUGUUCAGCCUGCCACAGUAUGGAGUACCUGGCCUUCAGAAACCUGGUGGGAGUGUCGCACACAGAGGCAGAGGUUAAGGCCAUCGCUGAGGAGAUUGAGGUGGUGGAUGGUCCUGAUGAGAGCGGAGAGAUGUUCACCCGGCCAGGAAAGCUGUCGGACUACUUCCCGAAGCCCUACUCCAACCCCGAGGCAGCCCGGGUCGCCAACAACGGAGCGCUGCCUCCCGAUCUCAGCUACAUUGUCAAUGCCAGACAUGGAGGAGAGGACUACGUGUUCAGCCUGCUGACGGGAUACUGCGAUCCUCCGGCGGGGGUGACGGUGAGAGAGGAGCUCUACUACAACCCAUACUUCCCUGGCCAGGCCAUCGGCAUGGCCCCGCCCAUCUACAACGAGAUAUUGGAGUUUGAGGACGGAACCCCCGCCACCAUGAGCCAGGUCGCUAAAGACGUUUGUACGUUCUUGAGGUGGGCCGCCGAGCCAGAGCACGACCAACGCAAACGCAUGGGACUGAAGUUGCUGUUGGGCUCCGGCAUCAUCAUCCCUCUGCUCUAUUACAUGAAGAGACACAGGUGGUCAGUGCUGAAGAGCAGAAAGAUCGCCUACAGGCCUCCCAAGUAAAAGGAAAGCAACACUCUGCCUGGGCC